GAGUUUCGCGGGAGGACCUUGGCGCGUAAACCGUAUCCCUUCAUUCAUUGUCAGCAGCAGCUUCCUGGAGCCAUUUUUCAGCUGCCGGCCGCAGCACCCGGGCUGCCGCCACCGCCUCGCAAUCCGUUGCAUCGGCUGCCCCCGACGCCUCCAUCCCCCAUCGGGGUCUGAUAUCCGUGCGGCCGGGACCCUCCUCUCUCCAGAGCCCCGAUUAUUUUUGGCCCCCGGGGCCUGUUCGGUACGGAAAAAUAAAGAGAGAGAGAGAGGGGGCUCGGAAGCGCCGGGCUGGGAGGAGAGAAGGAGGAGAGACUUGGAAACUCCGACUGCAAAUAAUAAAAGAAAUUGAAAGCAAUAAAUUAAUAUAUCGUAACACUAAAAAGAGCAGGAACGAGAGAUGAGAAAGGGGAUCCAGCCCGCCCUGGAGCAGUACCUGGUGACCGCCGGGGGUGGGGAGGGGGCGGCUGUCGUCGCCGCCGCCGCCGCUGCAGCCUCCAUGGACAAAAGGGCACUGCUGGCCAGCCCGGGUUUCGCCGCCGCCACUGCCGCCGCCCCGGGCGCAUACAUCCAGAUUCUCACCACGAACACUACCACCACCUCCUGUUCCUCUUCCCUCCAAAGCGGCGCGCUCGCCGCCGGCCCCCUCCUCCCCAGUGCCCCCGGCGCGGAGCCCACCGCCGGCAGCCUCCUCUACACCACGCCACACGGACCCUCCAGCAGAGCCGGGCUGCUGCAGCAGCCACCAGCGCUGGGACGCAGCGGCGGCGGCGGCCCUCCGGCAAAGCGAAGGCUGGAGCUGGGUGAAAGUGGCCAUCAGUACCUCUCAGAUGGUUUAAAAACCCCCAAGGGCAAAGGAAGAGCUGCACUACGGAGUCCAGAUAGCCCAAAAACUCCAAAAUCUCCCUCAGAAAAAACGCGGUAUGAUACGUCACUCGGUCUGCUCACCAAGAAGUUCAUUCAGCUACUGAGCCAGUCACCUGAUGGGGUCUUGGAUUUGAACAAGGCAGCAGAGGUGCUGAAAGUGCAGAAGAGAAGGAUUUACGAUAUCACCAACGUGCUUGAAGGCAUCCACCUCAUUAAGAAGAAGUCUAAGAACAACGUUCAGUGGAUGGGCUGCAGUCUGUCUGAGGAUGGGGGCAUGCUGGCCCAGUGUCAAGGUCUGUCAAAAGAAGUGACAGAGCUCAGUCAGGAAGAGAAGAAACUAGAUGAGCUGAUCCAAAGCUGCACCCUGGACCUCAAACUGUUAACCGAGGAUUCAGAGAAUCAGAGGUUAGCUUAUGUUACAUAUCAAGAUAUUCGAAAAAUUAGUGGCCUUAAAGACCAAACUGUUAUAGUCGUGAAAGCCCCUCCAGAAACAAGACUUGAAGUGCCUGACUCAUUAGAGAGCCUACAAAUACAUUUGGCAAGUACCCAAGGACCCAUUGAAGUUUACUUGUGUCCAGAAGAGACUGAAACACACAGUCCAAUGAAAACAAACAAUCAAGACCACAAUGGGAAUAUCUCUAAACCCACCUCCAAAGAUUUGGCUUCAAACAACUCAGGACAUAGUGAUUGCUCAAUUUCUAUGGCAAACCUUUCUCCUUUGGCCUCCCCCGCCAACCUUUUGCAGCAGACCGAGGACCAAAUUCCUUCCAACCUAGAAGGGCCAUUUGUGAACUUACUGCCUCCCCUGCUCCAGGAGGACUAUCUACUGAGCCUGGGGGAGGAGGAAGGCAUCAGUGACCUCUUUGAUGCUUACGAUUUGGAAAAGCUGCCACUGGUGGAAGACUUUAUGUGUAGUUGAUUGUGCUUUGUGUGAACUCUCCUUAUAAACCAAUAUUUUUUUAUCAUGGAACCAGAACAUCUGUCAUGCAGUGUUGUCCCUUCCUACUUUCUUCCUCCAAGAGAGUAUCAUGAAGUAAACUACAAACUUCAGAACAAAGCUGACAUUUUAAUGAAUUUAGGAUAUCUGUCUAAACGCACAGUCGCAGGCUCCCCUGGGAAAGUCCUGCCUUUAUUCCAGGCUCCAAAUUCUCCUGGAUGAGUCAGCAAGUGAGAAAAUGUGCAAUCAGGUGUCUCUCACCUGUCCUUUUCCUUCCCUGCCUCCCUCCAUUCCUUCCCUCCCUCCCGGAUUGGCUUGCUGUGCCUGAUGGAUGGGCUGUAGAAUGGGUCUGGCCACCUGGCCCACUGGAAAACAGCAAUCUUCCUUAAUAGCAUUUCAAGCCGUGCCUUCUGUGCAGAAUGCAUGUCUUUGGGGUCUGCUAAUAUGGAAUGGAACUGCAGCAAACGCAAACUUGAAGUCAUGCAAAGUAUGAAAUGGAUUUCUUCAACUCUUCUUAGGAAUAUUUAAAUUACUGUCCUAAUUCAGUGUAAGCUAUGGACUUCGUGUCCCAUCAGGGGGUCAUGAGAACCUCCAAGCCUUUCGGAUGAAGAACCUGUUUUGUUUUGUUUUUUUUUUUUCAAAUACUUGUUGCAGAUACAGAAGACUAGUAGAGUUCUGCCACUCGAAGCUGUUGUGGAUUUUCCUGUCUCCAUAAACCACUUCUACUUCCCUGUCCCUAAUGUAUUUGUGAGUUUCUGAUUGAUUUGUAGCAAAUGCCUACUUGGGAGUUCCUUGUGGAUUGUUUUAGACUUUUUCCUUUUUGUUUUUUUUUUUAAGCUGCCAUUUAAGCAUUCCUGUGGCACCCAUCACCAUUUCAAUUUAAUUGUUUACUUUCAAGUGAUUUUUGCAAGUUCAGAGUAUUUUAGCAGAGGGAGAGAACCUCUACUGAUCAGAGCAUCUUAAACCUGUGUGACCCAAGGUCUACCAGCCUCUGCAAGAAGCAUCAUCCUACCUUGCUUCCUUCCGCAGGAAGGGAGCUUGGAGCGAGUCAGCUCUGGAGCUCACUUGUAUGGGUGGCUCAUUGCAAAGGAUUAACAGGUCAGAUGACAAAAAAUAAAAAGCAGUCCCAAGGAACAGCCAGGCAUGGACCCCUCCAUCCUUGGGCUUCCCGGGCCCCUGUGACCGGGGAAAGGGCUCUUAUGCCAUACUCAGGGAGACCACUUCUCAGGAUGGGUUCAGAUGGAGAGGCCUCUAGGGAGACAGACAUCCCAUUGUGUGAGUGGCAUUCUAUCAUGGCACUUCCUUAAGCUAGAAAGAGCAAGGAGCUCCCACUGUUUUGGGAGUGGAAGACUCCUGGCCCAAACCCAUUCCCCUCCACUAUGAAGGAAGUCAGAAGAUAGAAAAUGAAGUGGAAUGCCAGGGCGUCUCCUUCACUCCUCAGGAAUGGUACCCCAUGUUGGAGGCUUUCACAUAGCUUCAGAUCUUACCAGUUUCAUCCAAGAAUGGCAUUCCCACUGGCAGGUGGCGAUGGCCAUCUUCUCCUGGGAGUAUGGCAUAGUACCUCAACUCCAUUUCUUGGAUGCUAAGGGCUGCAGAAAUGAGGGAGUCAUGAAAUCUCCAAAUGAACAGUUAAAUUGAAAUGCUAUGUGCCUGGCC